GCGCGGGGCUGAGAGACCUCUUAUCACCGCUAAACGCCGAGAUAUAAAUGUAUCAAGCAGACCCGGCUCCGUCAUCUUCAUAACAAGAACUUGUCGAGCUUCUCACCAGCUCAAAGGAACAGAAAAUUAUUCAGUCAGACAUUCGCUAAUUGAGACAUAAUGCCUGCUGCACUACGUCAAGGAAGUACCGCUGUCAUCACCGGCGCCGCCUCUGGCGUUGGUUUCGCAAUCGCUAAACUUCUCCGGGAGAAGGGUCUGAACCUUGCUCUAGUCGAUCUUGAUACUACCAGCUUGAACAAAGCCAAGGAUGUCUUGGUGGGUUUGAAUUCGAGUCUGAAGACGGAGAUAUAUGCGAUGGAUGUGACCGAUAAGGCUGCUUGGGCGGACCUCGUGAAGAAGGUGACCGGGACAUUUGGAGAAGUGGAUCUGUUGAUUUUGAAUGCUGGGAAGAGUUUCAAAGCAGCUGGUCAGCAGGAAGGAGGGAGAUUAAAGGCUUGGGAAGAUCUUGAUUACUGGAAUAAGACUCUGAACACCAACGUCUAUGGCUACCUGAACGGAAUUGCCGCCUUCCUUCCUAUCCUGACCUCAUCGGGGAACAAAUCACCAAAGUCCAUCGUCCUUACCGGAUCCAAACAGGGAAUCACCAACCCUCCCGGCGCAGCUAACCCUGCAUACAACGCAUCCAAAGCCACCGUGAAGCACAUCGCAGAACACCUCGCAUACGACCUACGAGCUUCACCAGAGACAUCUCACAUAUCAGUACACCUGCUAAUCCCAGGCUGGGCAUACACCGGCCUGAUGGGGAACGUUGGCCCGACGAAAGAUGAAGAGGUCAAGAAACCAGCAGGUGCCUGGUACCCUAGCCAGGUUGCUGAUUAUUUCAGCAAGGCUUUUGAAAAGAAUUCCUUCUACAUCCUCUGUCCUGAUGGAGAAACGGAUAGGGCUCUCGACCAGGCUAGGAUGAGAUGGGCUGCUGAUGAUGUGAUCGAAGAUAGACCGCCGCUGUCUCGGUGGGAGGAUAGCUGGAAAGUUAAGGCUGAGGAGUGGAUUCAGGCUGAUGCGAAGAAGAGGAGAGAGAAUGCUUGAAUUAUAGCACUCUGCGAGAACGGGUGAUCCUAUCCGACUAAAUAGGGACUAUGAUAAUACAAAAAAAAAUGAACUUGCUGAUUGUGGUAUACGUCUUCACAUUACUCGCGUACUCCCCGGUUGCUACCAGUUCCCCUUUCAAAUUCAACUUUUAGCGGCACUGUCUCAGCUGUUGGGAAGCAACUUUGAGCCGAAGGAUAGCAACAGAACAGAACGUCCCAUAUCGGAAGUUUCGAACUUGGAAGUGGGGAAAUUGUAGC